UCCCAAGCAAGGGCUCCAUGCAGAAUCCACAUGUACUUUUGACUUGAUUUUACAAAAAAGUGAACGGUCACAAGCUCUGAAAGUCUAUGACUUGGCAUUUACAGUAAUUUACAGGGGGGAUCAACACCUAAUUGCCAGCAAUUAUUAGAUAUAUCACGAUAUGGCAGAGCCACCAAGAAAGUCAAGGCGUUUAGCAAGUAAACGACCGGCACCACAUAACAUUCCAAGUCCAAGUAAUCACACUCAAACCAUACAAGCUGUGGUUGAAGAUCCGGGGGUACAAUUCCAUAAUCAAGUCCAACAGCAAAUAAGGGCCGCCAUUCCAGACAUAACUAACUCAGUAAUCGCAGCACUUAAGGCUCAAGGAGUCAUUCCCAUGCCUCAACAAGUACAACAAUCUGAAACACCCCCAAUACCUUCAACAUCAGUGGAAGUCAGUCCACAACAAACACCUAUAACAUCGGCUUCCUCUGAUUUAAGCACAGAGACAGCAGGAACUUGUUCCACGGCUGGUUCGACCCAGAACUCCAACAUGAAUGACAGUUUAACACAAUUUUUGAGCACAGGUAAUAAUAAUGCACAACUUGAUCAGCAGUCUCUAGAAUUGGAAACAACUGCUUCAUGUAUAAAUUUUUCAAGUCCGAGUAUUUCAAAACCGCUGGCAUUGGGGGUUGAUCCCAAAAUUAAAGCGAAGAUUUGGGCAAACGAAUAUAUUGAUCUAGGGAGUUUAUUAAACAAAAAAUUUCCUAAGGUACGUUUUCAGGUCAUUGAAUCCCAACAGGGGGGGAUAAGUUGGGAGAAACAACCACCUCCAAAAUAUCGUUUUGAGUCUGUGGCACACUGGCUGUCUGCCUUCCAUAUAUUUGUUAGUAUUUAUUGUGAAAAGUACCCAGACCAAGCUUGCGCCUUAAUGAAAUAUGCAAAUACAAUUCAAACAUUAGCAAGAAGGUCAGGUGAUAUUGCAGCUUUUAAUUAUGACCGUACCUUUCGGGAAUGGCGCGAGCAUGAUUGGAAAAAAUUACCCUGGGAUCAGGUAAACAAUGAACUAUACACAGAAUCUGUGUCCUUGGGGAUUACAGCUAAAUUCAAUUCCCUGAAGGGUACCGGCCAAAGCCAAAACAAGUCGAGUCUUAGUCGGGGGCCGCCCUUUCUCUCUGCUGGAGUUCCAUUGCGGAACUCCAGGAGAGGGCUCUAUUGCUACAGUUACAACAACAAUGGCGAGUGUGAGCGAGGGCCAGACUGUGGAUACCCCCAUGUCUGUGAAAAAUGUGGAGGUAUGCACAGCAAGAAAGAAUGUAAAACCCAGUGUCAUAAAAGAAAAAGGUCAGAUGCAGGGUCAAACCUUGACCAAAAAAGGCCAAGUGGAUCUAAGAGCACUUCCACAAAAUAGUGUAAUUACUCCAAUCAGUGUUUUAAAAUUUAGUAAAUGGCUGGAUGGGUAUGAUAAGCAAAACAAACAAUUUCUUAUUAAUGGGUUUAGGCAAGGUUUUGUUAUACCUUACAAGGGGGAAAGAAAGUACAGAUUCAGUAAAAAUCUACAGUCUGCAGUAGAACACCCAGAAAUUUUGAUAGAAAAAAUUUCAAAAGAGGUCGAAGCAGGACGGGUCGCUGGACCUUUUGUUAAAGUUCCUUUCCCUAAUUUACAAGUCUCCCCAUUAGGUUUGGUGCCUAAAAAAGUUCCCGGGGAAUUUAGGGUCAUUCAUCAUCUCUCUUAUCCUAAUGAUAAAUCAAUCAAUGAUGGAAUCCCAGAUGAGUUAUGCACAGUUCAGUAUCAGACAGUAGAUGAUGCCAUUAAGUUGGUCAAGUUUUAUGGGAAAGGUUGCUUAUUGUCUAAGACAGAUAUAGAAAAUAGUUAUAAAAUCAUUCCCAUACACCCCAGUUGUCACGACUUGCUAGGUUUUGCAAUAAAUGGUGAAUUUUACUAUGACAAAACAUUACCCAUGGGUUUAAGCUACUCAUGUAGGUUGUUUGAAGCAUUUAGUAGUUCCUUACACUGGAUUGUUAACAAUAAGAUGAGAAGUGGAGGGUGUGUUCAUAUCUUAGAUGAUUUUCUUUUUGUGGGACCAGCUGGUUCUCAGUUAUGUAAGCAGACGUUAUCACAGUUUUUAAGUAUGGCUAAAGAAAUAGGUUUGCCUAUUAAAAAAGAGAAGACAAUUCAACCAACUACUACCAUUACAUUUUUGGGGCUGGAAUUUGACUCGGAGAGGAUGGAAGUUAGGCUACCUAAUGAUAAGCUUAUAAAAUUACGUGAACGCCUAGAAUAUUUCAAAAGCAGAAGAAAAGUUACACUAGAAGAAAUUCAGUCAUUAGUAGGGCUCUUGAAUUUUGCUUGCCAAGUGGUAUCUCCAGGUCGGGCUUUUUUGAGACGAAUUAUUGACUUAACAGUAGGGUUAAAGAAACCUAAUCAUUAUCGUAGGCUCACAAAUGAAGCAAGAGCAGAUAUUAACGCCUGGUAUAUAUUUGCAGAAAGUUUCAAUGGUAAAAGUUUCUUUCUGUCGGACAAGUGGGAAUCUUCUCAGGAGCUUAAUCUAUAUACUGAUGCUAGUAACUUGGGCUUUGGGGGCAUUUUUGGAACAAGGUGGUUUUAUAGUAAAUGGAAUGAUGAGUGGUUAAAUUAUCACAUCACAAUUCGGGAAUUAUUUCCAGUCGUUGUUGCAUUGGAAUUGUGAGGCCAUGAGCUGAGGGACAAAUGUGUAAUUUUCCACUCUGACAAUAUAGCAGUAGUUCAUAUAAUUAAUAAACAGACAUCCAAAGAUAAAACAAUUAUGAAAUUGGUCAGAAAAUUUGUUCUGCACAUUUUGAAAUACAAUAUUUUGUUUAAAGCAUGUCAUAUUGCGGGGAUAAUAAACGUUGCAG